AUGUCCGCAAUGACAUCCACUACCACCCUGCCCGUCUCUGACGGCGCCCAAGCCGCCCCCUACUCCGCCAAGGGCACACCACCGUCCGAACACUCCUCUGCGGCCUCCUCAAUCCAUUCGGGCAAGGCUGGCAAGGCCGUCAAGCCCGUCAAGUCAUUCGCUCCCCCAGCGGGAGUAUCGCAGCAGGCGCCCAUUGAGCUGGGCAAGGGCAGGUUCUGGGCCAUCAUGGCCGCUUUGAUGGUCUCGGUGUUCUUGUUCGCUCUCGAUCAGCUGAUCGUGGCGACCGCUAUACCCAAGAUCACUGUCGAGUUCAACUCCCUGACUGAACUCCCAUGGCUUGCCAAUGGCUUCUUCCUCACCCUCUUCGGCUUCAACCUCCUCUACUCGCAGUGGAGUCAGCUCUUCCCCUCCAAGCACGUCAUCAUCUUUGCCAUCUUCGUCUUUGAGCUCGGAUCCCUCAUCUGCGGUAUCGCUCCAUCUAUGGUGGUCCUCAUUCUCGGUCGAGCUAUCGCCGGUGUAGGAGCAGCGGGCAUCUUUACGGCGGCCAUGAUCAUUAUUGCUGAGAUCACUGCACUGCACAACAGGGCGCAGUACUUUGCUCUCUUUGGCGUCUGCUUCGCCCUCGCCUCGGUGCUCGGUCCCCUCGUCGGCGGUGCUUUCGCCGACCACAUCACCUGGCGAUGGUGCUUCUACAUCAACCUCCCAUUCGGCGGGGUCGCACUCGCCAUGAUCAUCUUCUUCCAGCCCACUCGGCCCCCUCUCGGCCGCGCCGCAACCUACAAGGGGUACUCGAAGGACAUGUUCUGGUCCGUCCUCAAGUGCGACUGGAUGGCGGCUGCGCUCGCCAUGGCUUGGGGUUGCGUCGUCAGCCUGGCACUCCAGUGGGGAGGUAUCACUCGACCAUGGAACGAUGGCGGCGUGGUGACUUGCCUGGUUCUUAUCGGGGUGCUCCCACCAGUGUUCAUCGCCUGGGAGUACUGGAUGGGCGAGAAGGCCAUGUUCCGCCUGGCCAUCUUUGCGCGUCGUACCAUUGCUGGCGCGUCAGUUGUCCUCUUCACCCUCUUUGCCGCCUUCAUGCUUGAAGUCUACUACCUCUCCCUCGCGUACCAAGCGGUCUACAACAGCUCCGCCACCAUCGCCGGCGUCAAGCUCCUCCCCUUCAUUCUCGUCCAGAUCGUCGUCCUCAUCGGCUCCUCCCGCGUCAUUGCCAAGAUCGGCCGCUUCAAGUGGAUCAUCGUCGCGGGUCCGGUCUUUAUCAUCUGCGGUGCUGGCGCCCUCUACUCGGUCAAGUACGGUACGCCCGAGAACCACCUGUACGGCUUCCAGGCACUGCUCGGUGUGGGUAUCGGAUUAGCCCUGCAGAACACCAUGCUGGCGGUGCAGUUUGAGCUCAAGGCGGAGCCGUGGUUGAUCCCUGCCGGUACCGGUGCUGCCAUCUUCAUGGGCUUUGCUGGUCGUAUCGUCGGUAUCUCCAUGGCCGGCUCGGUAUUCGGCAACACCAUUCAAUCCAACAUUGUCAAGUACGCGCCCGACCUCCCCGCUGUUUUCGCCAACGCGCUCAUCAAUGACGCCUCGGCCGUCUACACCCUCAUCCCCGAGCAAUACCGCGAACAAUCCCUCAUCGCCUAUACCGAAGCGCUUCGCAAUGUCUAUAUCAUCGGUGUCCCACUCGCUGCGAUCGGACUCAUGGGUGGGCUGUUCAUCAAGAACACGCGGAUGCAGACCAAGGCGCAAGAAGAGGAGGCGAACAGGCUCGCGAGGGAGAAGGAGGCGGGAGUGUUGGGGGUAAUUGCGGAUGCGGAGAAGGCGGUCGGGCAGGAGGGAAGGGCGGAGAGGGAGGAGGAUAUCGCGAUGGCGACGGCGGCUGUAAAUGCGGAGCCGGCGGCGGUGGUGGAGCAGCGGGAGGGGAUCACAGGUCAAGAUGAGAAGCGGGCUGCGGUAUGA